AAAGAGUCUAAUUGAAAAUCUCUAUAUCUUGCCCUCACUGAACUUUUUCUUCUUUCACAAUAGCUGCUGCCGCAGGGUGUCCCGCUUAUUGAACUAGACAUCUAUUCUAUUCUUGUGUCAGGCUGCUGCUCUGCUCUGGAGUUUGGAUAACUGAAACUAAUUGGUUUUGAAGGAAGAGAGGAUGAGUGAACUUCUUUUUGAUGAUAUUUUCAUGGUUGAGACUCUAGAUCCAGAUGGCAAAAAGUAUGACAAGGUUUCUCGGAUUGUGGCACGGAGUGAGAAGCGUGACAUGUACAUGCUUCUGGAUGUAAACACAGAGAUUUAUCCUAUGAAGGAAAAAGAAAGAUUCUUGAUGGCUUUGUCUCCUUCACUUGUUUUGAAUACUAAGGAUGGCUCGGUGUCAAUUACAGACAAGUUUGAAUACAUCAUGCAUGGAAGGCUGUAUAACAUUGAGGGAUGUUCAGAACCUGAGUUUGAAGUGGAGGUAUAUGCAUCAUUUGGAGGACUUCAGUUGAUGCUGAGAGGACAUGCAUCUCAUUGUGUUAAGUUUGCAGUUGAUCAGAACUUGUUCUUACUAAUAAGGAAGAUUGGAAGUUGAAACUGAUGGUGGUGUGGCCUGAAAAAGAAAGGCACCUUAACAUUAUGUUUUUACUGUGUUUUUUCUAUAUUGGAAUUAGUAAUUUGCGUGAACUAUGUUUAUGAUGUUUCUCCAAAGUUAGUUUUUUGGAAUAUUAAAUGUGUUUGAGAUCAUUGCAAAAUUAUAUUAUUUCAACGAUUAAUUAUUCAUA